AUUAUUGCAGCGUUUAUUAAUAGUUUUACCAUAAAGUGGUUUUCAGUGGGUCUUGGUGAGGCGUGCAAUUUCGCGGCAUAUGCGUUUGCACCAGCCAGCUUGGUCACUCCAUUAGGUGCACUCUCAGUCAUAGUCACUGCUGUAUUAUCGUCACAUCUCUUAAAAGAGAGGUUGAAUUUACUUGGAAAAAUCGGUUGUGCUGUGUGUUUACUUGGUUCAACUGUAAUUGUAAUUCAUUCACCAAAAGAGGAAGAAGUAGCAUCUAUGGCCGAUCUUGCAUUGAAGAUGAAAGAUGCAGUAUUUAUAUUAUAUGUUGUUGCUGUCAUAGUGGUGACUUUGUUCAUUUGUGUCUACGUUGCCCCUCGUUAUGGUAGAUCAAAUAUUAUUGUCUAUAUAAGCGUGUGUUCAUUGAUCGGAUCGCUAUCAGUACUUUCUGUUAAGGGUCUUGGCUUAGCCAUAAAGGAGACGAUAUCUGGCAAUCAGCAACUCACAAAUAUACUCACUUAUUUCUGGUUGGGGUCUGUCGCUGCCUGUGUUUCUGUGCAACUGGUACGCCGAAAAUUUUUGUAA